GUUAGCUUGUAUAUUGGUUGGUGGAUAGGAGCCACGGAGAGGGCUCGCUUCUCGACGCGGCGUCGUCGUCGUCGUCGUCGUCCCGAAGGCAGCGAAGAAGGCGAAGGUUAGUUGGGAGAAGAAGCCAUCGGAACACGAUGAAGAACAUAUUUAAGAAGCGUAGCCAUCACCGGCCCAACGAGGUCCCCUCCGCCUCCUCCACGGUGGCGGCUCAAUCGCCCGCGGCCGCUGUCUCCCCUUUGUGCGCAUCCGACCUCCGGGACGCAGCUUCAGCGACGUCUCCGACCACUCCCCAAUCCUCGGUUGAGCCACCGCGCACUACUUCCUCUGGGGACGACUGGCAGGACUACUUCUCGUCGGAAGAGGAGUUCCAGGUGCAACUGGCACUUGCGAUCAGCGCGUCGAAUUCGGAAUUAAAGGGCGAUCUUGAUGGAGAUCAGAUCCGCGCGGCCAAGCUUUUGAGCCUGGGGAGGGAACGGAUCCAGCAGGAUCAGGAGAGCUCAGCGGAAUUGUUGUCGCGGCGCUAUUGGGAUUACAAUGUACUUGAUUAUGAUGAGAAAAUUGUGGAUGGGUUCUAUGACGUUUAUGGGCUCUCAGGAAAUUCUGCAAGUCAGAAAAGGAUGCCAUCACUAACAGAUCUCCAAACAAGCAUCGGAGAUUUAGGUUUUGAAGUCAUUGUAGUCAACCGUGCAAUUGACCCUGCAUUGGUAGAGUUGGAGCAAAUCGCUCAGUGCAUUUUGUUAGGAUGCCCUACUGCUGACAUUGCAGUGUUGGUGCAAAGAAUAUCUGAACUGGUCAUGAGCCAUAUGGGUGGUCGUGUUAGAGAUGCCAACGACAUGCUAGCAAAAUGGAUGGAAAGAAGUACUGAAUUGCGCAGCACACAGCAGACAAGUUUGUUACCCAUUGGCUGCAUAAAAGUAGGAUUAUCUCGGCACCGAGCUCUCUUGUUUAAGGUUCUUGCGGACAAUAUUGGCAUUCCUUGCAGACUAGUUAAAGGGAGUCAUUACACUGGUGUGGAUGACGAUGCCAUUAACAUAAUAAAUUUGGAUGAAAGGGAAUUCUUGGUUGAUCUUAUGGCUGCCCCAGGCACCCUAAUUCCAGCUGAUGUACUCAGUUUAAAAAAUACUUCUUCAAAUCCAAGCAUAAAUAUAAGUAUGAACUCAUGGUCAAGCAUACCAGAGGAUGAUUUUUUCAAGGAUAAACUGUUGAAUAGCGAGUUUAAAGGCCAUAAUGCAGUUCCAUCCCUGGGUGAUAUUCAAACUGUAGAUAAAAGAACAAGAUAUGAAAAUUCAACUUGGAUACCAUCAGUCCAAAGUGAUCAUAAUGGUGAAUCCUCUACAAGUAAUGGAAGUACAUCACAUGGAAGCGUGAGUUUGUUGUCUAUACAAGAUGAACAUGAUCAAACUACAUCUACCAGUAUCACUUCCUCAAAGCAGAAGGGAAUAGUUGUUGCUGCUUCUAUAGAUGGAAAUAGUUGGGAGAAAAGAAAGGCCAAUGCAGUUUUGAAUCCACAAGAUGCUUUAGAUGUGACAAACCUUUUUGCUGAUUUGAACCCUUUUGGGGGAACUUUAGGUGCAAAAGCUGCUCCACAUCCCAAAGCUACUGAUAGUUCAAAUAGUGGAUACCAGAGACGCAAGGAAAAUAUUGCCGUAGGACCUGGACGAUCACAAGUUCCGUUGGUUUGGAAAGGGCGUUCUGCUUGUAAUGAGAUUUCUAGCACAAAACAGAAAAUUUUGGAGUCAUCAAAUCCUCAAAAGAAUUUUGUACCUCAAACUUCAUCUUCUAAAAUGCCUAGUUCUGCUGCAAAAAGUAGUAGCACUUCAACCAAUGUUGCUGGGUUUUCUGUCAUCGUUAAUUCUCUUGAAAGCCAAAGUAGUAGUACUUCUAUAGGUAUGGGAUAUGGUUCCCCAGAAUAUGCCAGGCCAACUAAAGAUUCAGAAAAAAUGGCGCACCAUUACUUGUACCAUCAAACAGAAAAAACAUUUGAAAACCUCCUACCAUCUGCAGGAAAGAAUUUGGAUGAUAAUGUCAACAAAAUGGUUAGUCUAAAUAGCCAUUUAAGUGAAUUGCAGGAACAGAAAACAAAUGUUGCUGAGAAACAAGUUCAUCAAAAACCUUCUCAUGAUAGAUGCACAGAAACAAAUAUGAACACGGUUGAUGAAGAAUCUCCUAGUUUUCCAGCUGUAUCUCCUAGCAUUUAUGAGGAAUCUUCAAAUUAUUCACAAGUCCAGCUGAGCAAGCUUGACCCUGUGCUAGAUGAUGUGGCUAACUGGGAAAUUCCCUGGGAGGAACUGGUAGUUGGUGAGAGGAUUGGUUUAGGUUCAUAUGGAGAAGUGUAUCGUGCUGAUUGGAAUGGGGCGGAAGUAGCUGUGAAGAAAUUCCUAGACCAGGAUUUUUAUGGGGAUGCUUUGGAUGAAUUCCGUAGUGAGAUUCGGAUAAUGCGGAGGUUGCGUCAUCCAAAUGUUGUUCUUUUUAUGGGUGCAGUAACUCGUCCUCCUAAUCUAUCUAUUGUUUCAGAGUUUCUUCCAAGAGGAAGCUUGUACCGGAUUCUUCAUCGCCCAAAUUGUCAAAUCGAUGAGAAGCGUCGGAUAAAGAUGGCUCUUGAUGUGGCUAUGGGAAUGAAUUGCUUGCACACAAGUGUACCUACCAUUGUCCACCGUGAUCUUAAAUCACCUAAUCUAUUGGUAAAUGAGAAUUGGACUGUUAAGGUUUGUGAUUUUGGCCUGUCACGCUUGAAGCAUAGUACGUUUCUGUCAUCAAAAUCUACAGCUGGAACCCCUGAGUGGAUGGCUCCAGAGGUGUUGCGCAAUGAAAAUUCCAACGAAAAAAGUGAUGUCUAUAGCUUUGGAGUGAUCCUCUGGGAACUUGCAACUCUGAGGAUGCCAUGGAGUGGAAUGAACCCAAUGCAAGUGGUUGGUGCUGUUGGAUUCCAGAAUCAACGACUUGAAAUCCCAAAAGAAGUCGAUCCCUUGGUUGCUAGGAUCAUAUGGGAAUGCUGGCAAAUGGACCCGAGCUUGCGUCCCUCGUUUGCACAACUGACAACUGUUCUGAAGUCCUUGCAAAGGCUCAUCGUUCCUUCGCACCAGGAGUUGCAAAACCCUCCAAUGCCACAAAAAAUACCAGUGAACUCAAUACCAUAAGCACUUCAAGCGAUGAGUAACAAAUAUACUUGACGGGUUGGAUUUAGCCAUAAUUGGUCGACUCUUAUACCCGUCUUGCACCCAUACAAAUGGUUUAUUUUUAGUUUUAUUUUACCUUUUUGCAGUGAUUGUACAGUGCUUGAUUAUGUUUAUAGCAUUUAUUAUAAAAAAAAAAAAAAUUGUGGUUGUAUCUUUUUUUUUUUCCCUUAUGUGUUGCCAGCUGGAAACUGGCCAUAUCCUGGGAAAACACCUUUGGGAACAUUAACUUGGUCCAAUGUGAGAGAGAUCAUCAGUAUCUUUAGUGAUUGAUGAUCAUAAUUGUAAAAGUUGCUACUAACUUGUAUAUUUGUCUAAUUGUUUAUGAGUCUGUUCAUGCAUGCUAUUUGUGAAAUGUCAUUGAUUUUCCUUGUAAUUCGAGGAGAAUAUGCUAAUUAUUUAAACAAGCAAACUGAUAUUUCUGUUUAA